AUGGCGCCCAUCGAAUGGCUGUCGGCCUACGAUGACAAGCACGAGUACCGCGACAAGCAGGUGCCCGAGACCAAGUCGGUCCCCUUCACCCCCCUGCCGCCAGCGCCGUCCAAGGAUGCAAAGUGCAACGUGUACAUGGUCAAGAACUCGGACCUCACCAUGGCGCUGAGCGUCUUCGUGCGCACCAGCGACACCAAGGCGCCCAUCACGCUCCCGGUGUACACGUUUGUCAUUGAGCACUCGUCGGGCCGCCGCGUCGCGUUCGACCUCGGCGUCAAGCACAAGGCCGAAGACUUCUCGCCCUUCACCCAGAUGAUCAUCAAGGACAUGCCCAUCACGUGGCCACGCGGCACUGUGCCCGAGAUCUUCGAGUCGCACGGCGUGUCGGCCGACAGCGUCGAGGCCGUCGUGCUCUCGCACACGCACUUUGACCACAUUGGCGACAUCGGCCAGUUCCCCACCAAGACCAAGCUCAUCGUCGGCCCCGGCACCGCCAAGGCCUCGCUGCCCGGCUACCCGACCUUCAAGGACUCGAGCGUGCUCGACUCGGACCUGCCGUUCGGCAGCGACCGCGAGGUCGAGGAGCUCAACGACAAGUCGCCCUGGGUCCAGAUCGGGAGCUACCGCGGCAUCGACUACUUUGGCGACGGGUCCUUCUACAUUCUGGACGCGUACGGCCACAUGGUCGGCCACGUCGCCGCGCUUGUCCGCACCACGACUGACCCGGACACGUACGUUAUUCUUGCUGGCGACUCGGCGCACGUCCGCGGCCUCUACUCGUGCUGCCCGGGCUGCGCCCACCCGCCCUUCCGUGCCGGCCUCUACCCGGCCGCAGACGGCCUCUCGCCCUCGGAGCGCGCGCGCGGCGGCCUCCUCGCGAUCCACUUUGACCUGCCGGCCGCGUACGCCAACAUGGCGCGCAUGGGCAGGAUGGAGGAGGAGGACAACGUGACUGUCGUCCUCGCGCACGACUUGGAGUGGGAGAAGAUCUUGAACGCCGAGCAGGGCAAGGACUGGGAGUGGGUCGAUAUCACCAACUGGAAGAAGGAGGGCAAGAAAGAGGCUGUCAGGAAGGAGUGGGUCUUUACCCCGCAGACAGUCGCCGACUCCACCGACACCUAA